AUGACAAAUACAUAUAAUUCAAUAGUGUUUACUAUAACUAAACUACUAUUGAUAGUGUUGUUGGUGUCGUUGUCGAUGUUCACAUCGGGAAUCGAUGGUAGGAGAGUAGUCUCUAAUACUCAAAAGAUUGCAUCGGUUCCCUAUGUUGUCAAAGAUAAUAUCACAAUCCCCUCAACCUCCAAACUUGACUAUGACCUCUGUCUACUCAGAGUUACAACCAACUUCACAGUCAGUGAACAAUCUCCACUAGUAAUAAUGUAUCAAUUCGAUGCAUGUUAUGACUGUGCAUAUCAAGAGUUAGUUUCACUAACAAAUCAAUCAACAGAAUUCUUUACAUUGUCAACAGAGUUUGGAUAUAAAUUUAAUUUCACAGUUUAUGAUGACAAUGGAAAGAUAUUGCAGACCGAUUCAAUGGUUUAUCAGUUUGGUGAGAAUGGUGUCUAUGAGAUUAGGAUCACUGCGAUUCUCGAUCACAAUGCAAAGGCAAUGAUACACGAGGUUGCCAAGUUGAAGGAUCCCAUCAAUCCAUUCAUUCCAAUAGCGGUGGCGUUUGGAAUUGCGGCGGGUAUCGCCAUUCUCUGGCCGAUCGCCGUUCACUACUACAAAAAGUCAAAGUCAGAGUCACUCGAAUACCAGUUGCAUCACUUGGAGUCGAACGACCCAAAGAAGGAUCGUAUGAAGUCGCUCGACGUCUUCCGUGGUCUCUCGAUCACCAUUAUGAUUUUCGUCAACUAUGGUGGCGGUGGUUACUGGUUCUUCAACCACUCCUACUGGAACGGUCUGACCGUUGCCGAUCUUGUAUUCCCCUGGUUCGUAUUCAUCAUGGGUUGUGCCAUGCCGAUGUCAUUCAACGCACUGGAAUCACGUGGCGUCCCCAAGAAGACGAUUGUUAUCAAACUGGUUCGUCGAUCGAUUACCCUAUUCGCUCUGGGUAUGUUCCUGAACAACGGAAACGACUUGCAACACUGGCGAAUUCUUGGUGUUCUCCAGCGAUUUGGUAUAUCUUAUCUUGUCACCGGACUCAUUAUGAUGUUUGUUCCGGUGUGGCGAUAUCGCCAGCUCGACGACCUCUCUGAGGAGCAGCAGCCACUCUACGGUGGCGGAUCGAUUCAAGACAGAAUUAGAUCACGCUAUCCAAGAAUGUUUGCCGAUAUUCUGCCCUAUUGGAUUCAGUGGGUGGUUGCACUGAUGUUGUUGUCCGUCUGGUUUUUGGUUACCUUCUUGUUGCCGGUGCCAGGCUGUCCCACUGGCUAUAUUGGCCCGGGUGGAAUCGGUUCGCAAGGACAGUAUGCCAAUUGCACUGGUGGAGCAGCGCGUUAUGUAGAUCUCAAGAUUUUUGGUGAGAAUCACAUCUACCAGACACCGACUUGUCAGACAAUCUACAACACCGGUUCGUACGACCCUGAGGGAACACUCGGUUACAUCACAUCGAUUUUCAUGUGUUUCCUCGGUGUCCAGUGUGGAAGAACGAUUCUGGCGUUCAAGAAGGCAUCGUGCCGACUCAUCCGUUGGAGCAUAUGGGGUGUCGUACUCUGUGGAAUUGCAGCAGGUCUUUGUGGCAUGUCGCAAAACAACGGAUGGUUGCCAAUCAACAAGAAUCUUUGGACACCAUCGUUUGUUCUACUGCUCUCUGGCUUUGGAUUCUUUGUAUUAUCAUUUAUGUACAUUUUUAUUGAUCUCAAGAAACUCUGGAAUGGUGCACCAUUCAUCUACGUCGGAAUGAAUCCAAUCACCAUUUAUAUGGGUCAUGAAAUUCUAGGUGGGUAUUUCCCAUUCUCAUUUUAUAUGCGGAUUGGAUAUUCAAAGUCUCAAGCUAACUAUACAAACAUAGCAGAAAAUACCAUAACCUUUUUCUAUGUACUGGAAUCAAUCGCCUUGACAUCAACUCUGAAAUAUUUUAUUGUUAUUCUAAUAUUAUGUAAUGAAGCAGCAGCAGUGAUGAGUAAUAAUAAUAAUAAUAGAACUACUACAAAGAGAAAGUCAGAGAAAGCAUGCUUCAUGUGUCAGUUGGACAAUGGGUUGUGUGAUGAGAAUCAUCCUUGUUCGCGAUGUGUACAGAAAGGUCAGCCUCAGAUGUGUUAUUUCCCGAGUCACACGACUUCCGAUAGACCUUCACAAAAGAUAUCGACAGAACAGAACAAUAUAAACAAUCCAUUCAAUACAAAUACAUCAUUACUACAGAACAGCAACAGCAAUAACAAUAAUAACAACUUAUUUAAUAACAAUGCAUAUCAGCAUCAGCAACAACUACAAUAUCAAAAUCCUACAUCAUCAACAUCUACAACCACUGCAACUGCAAUGCCUACUUCAACAACAUCAACAACAUCGUCAUCAACAUCAUAUUCCUCACCAAGUCAACAACCAUACACAUUCACAGGUGAUAUAAUUAAACAUCCAACUGCCAAUCAUUUAUAUAGUAAUAUCAAUAAUAACAAUAAUAACAAUAAUAGUGAUAUAAAUAUAAAUCAAUAUAUGUUGAAUGAAUUAAGAGAGAUAAAAGAAGGACAAAAGAAGUUAUAUGAUGAAAUAUUGUAUUUAAGAGAGAAAAGCGAAAAGUUAGAGAUGGUCAAUGAGAAUCUAGUGUCAAAGUUGAGUAUGAUGAAUUUGAAUUUGAACAGCAGUCCUACUUCACCACAGGCAACUCCAACCACUGACAAUGCAAUCACUUACCCAAGAAACAUAAAAGAAGUCUGUGAUUACUAUCCUCAUGCCAAUCUAUUCAUUGUAUUCGACAUAUCAAAGAAUCCACCAACCGUAGUAGAUGCAUCACCUGCAUUCUUCAAGCUACUAGGUUAUAGUAAACAUGGAACAGUAUAUCAUUCAUUGGAUAAUCAUACAUUUAUAUUUGAUCACGAUGGCAGACCGAUUUGCGAUGUUGUACACUGUCGACUGCUCAGUCCUGACAUAGUACCAAAGGAGUUCUAUCUAAACUUUAAUAAUAACCAACGAUUUAGACAGCUCACCAACAGUUCAACUGGGUCGUGUUUGACAUCGAAAGGUUCCAUCAGUACGAUGGACGAUGGCACUCCUCCUGGCACCCCACUAUCUUCUAUAAUCAAUUCAAAUCGCAUUCACGAAUCACCUGCUACACCAAUGUCAACAGAUCCAAUCAUUUCACCAAACAUUAAAUCACCAUCUACAACCUCAACAACAACAACAACAACAAACACACCACUUAACAGCAACAAUAACAAUCAUUUCAAUCAUAAUAACAAUAAUAAUGUAAUAAUACAACCACAACCUCAACCACCACCUCCAAUCAUUUCUACAUCAAAUUUAAAUAAUAGUAAUGAUAUUUCCAGUAGUAAUAGUAAUUCAAUUUCAGAUUUAAAUACAAGUUUCAGUAGUAUAUUGACAGAUAGUUUUCCACAGUUCAAUCAGCAUCAACAGCAAUAUAAUAGUGGUCUGACAGACAAUUCAUUCUAUCCAGAUAUCAAUUUGGAUAUUGAUCCAACUCAUAGUUGA